AGGCCAGCCUUGAGCCUUGCGUGCAUUGACUGCAUUCUACUGAGUCAUUUCUCUUCCGCGUUUCUUUCUUUCGGAAACCUAGACGGAAACAUCUAAACUUCACGUCAGCUCGGGCGGGCAUUUAAAUCUGACCGUUUGAUGAGUUGGAGUUAAGAGGAGGAGAGAUCGAAAUGGGGCGGAGAGAGAAGAGCUUCUUAGGAAUUUUGAAGGUUCUGUUGGUGGUUUCAGCGGCGUUUGGAAGCGAGGAUGGUUACAGAAGGAGCAGCCAGGGGCAGAGGCACAGGAACGCAUACGCUGCGAUGAUGUACAUGGGAACGCCGAGGGACUAUGAGUACUACGUGGCGUUACGGGUGAUGAUGAGAUCUCUGAUGAAGCUCAAGGUUGAAGCUGAUCUUGUGGUCAUUGCCUCCACCGACGUCCCUCUCCGCUGGGUCCAAGCUCUGGAACAAGAAGACGGGGCGAAGGUGGUGAGAGUGAAGAACAUGAACAAUCCCUAUAAGAAUCAGGACCAUUUCGAUAUGAGAUUCAAGUUAACAUUGAACAAACUCUACGCAUGGAGUCUAGUGGACUAUGACAGGGUGAUCAUGCUCGAUUCUGAUAACCUUUUCCUCCAAAAAACUGAUGAAUUGUUCCAAUGUGGCCAAUUUUGUGCAGUCUUCAUCAACCCCUGCAUCUUCCAUACAGGCCUCUUUGUUUUGCAGCCAUCAAUGGAGGUGUUCAGGAGCAUGCUUCAUGAGUUAGAUAUUGGGAGAGAGAACCGAGAUGGUGCAGACCAGGGGUUCCUGGCUAGCUACUUCCCAGAUCUGCUUGAUCGGCCAAUGUUCCAUCAACCUCCUAAUGCCACCAAGCUUGAUGGAAACUACAGACUUCCUUUAGGCUACCAAAUGGAUGCUUCAUACUAUUAUCUUAAACUUAGAUGGACCAUACCUUGUGGACCAAACAGUGUGAUUACAUUCCCUAGCGCACCAUGGUUGAAGCCAUGGUACUGGUGGUCAUGGCCUGUCCUCCCAUUAGGCCUCUCAUGGCACCGACAACGUCUCCAAACUCUCGGCUACAACGCGGAGAUGCCUGUGGUGUUAAUGCAGUGGAUAGUCUACCUGGGUGUAAUAGCAAUGGCCCGUUUAGCCCGGUCAAACCUCUCAAAGUUGUGCUACAGACGCGUAGAAAAGAGCAGUUCCAGCAUUCAAACUGGCCUCAAAUUGCUGACUUUGUGGUCCAUUGUGGCUGCCUAUGUACUCCCCUUCUUCCUCAUUCCCCGCACGGUGCAUCCACUAUUAGGCUGGACCCUCUACUUGUUGGGCUCUUUUGCACUUUCCUCUAUAGCAAUGAAUGCUUUUCUGCUGCCAAUGCUUGCUGUGCUAACACCAGGGCUUGGGAUAUUGGGAGCCCUUUUGGUCAUGGCAUUCCCUUGGUACCCAGAUGGGGUUGUGAGAGCUCUAGUUGUUUUUGCCUAUGCCUUUUGCUGUGCACCCAUUGCAUGGACCUCACUAGUUAAGAUCAUGACAUGUCAUCAAGUUUCCCCUGAAAAGGAAGUUUUCUUCCCAAAGUUGGGCGACUCUCAACCAUCUCCUGAUCCCAUCAAGUUGUGUUGAGGACCAAAGGGCACCCGCAAAAUUGAUUGUCCCAAAAGAAAAUGGGAAAUUUUCCUUGGGAAAUCAUAAGAAUUCUUCACAUAGUUAUUCUUUUGUGGAGAGAAAGGAACUGUUACAGAGAAGUACCAAUUUGUAUGGCUGCCGGUAUUGUUACAUGUAUUGUACUUAUUAAAUUCGAGAUUGGCUAAAUUCAAUUCAAUGAGUGGUCCCAUAACAUUCAUUGGAACCAGGUCGUUCUCAAGGCUCCGACCAACUGAGCCGGUACCUUUGGGCUGUUCAAAAGUAUUCGGAGUCCAAGAGCAGCACCUAACACGCAGAGGCAUUUAAUGGGUUGAGAGCCCACUUUGAGGGCUUUGAGGGAAAUGGAACUGAGGUAUGAAUCUAUAGAAAGUACAGCCGAAAGACAGCAGUAUAAGUUAGUCGUUGAAAACAAUUGCAUUGAAUUAAAGAGGUGAGUUUGUUUUUUUUUUUUCUUAAAUGAUACGUUGAACUUGUAUCUUCACAGGCAAUUUCAGUACUUUUUUUAUAAAAUUAUUUCCGACUUUUCUUCUUAA